CCAUCAGCCACUCCAUCUCAUCCACACACCCACACCGUUACGACACUUGCUACCCCUCCCUCCCUUAUCUCUCUUCCCCUCCCCUCUUCCCACAUCUCAUCUCUUCCACAAUUACGCCCUCGAUCGCGCGCUCAAACCACAUCGUCACCGCUUUAGUAACAAAGUCAAAGCCCUUCCACAAUGACUCAUCUGUCCGAUUACUCGUUUACCCAGCGAGCGAUUGCCAACGGCUGGUUCUACCUUUGGUUCGUAACCUACGUCUUCCGAUAUGACCGCUUCCAAGCGCUGAAUAUCAAACGCAUCUUACGAUUUGAACUGCGCAGCAUCGUAACAUUGCUACUACUGAUCGCUAUCCCGCUACAUCUAAUAUAUGAUAUAGGAUGUGCAAUGAUCAAGUAUCAGGAGGGUUUCUGGUCCAACCCUAUAUCCAACGAGAUCAUCAGUCGACCCUCCUUCCUCUGGAGCCAGCCCAACCAGGACACUGCCUCUGCGCUCGACUACGCCUUGGCCUGUUCAAUGGCGCUUCUCACCAGCAUCUUCUUCUUGCUCCAGUCGUUUUACCACUACAUUUCAAAAUCGGUCACAAAGUCGUCGUUCAUGUCCAGCUUCGAGUUCCGGCUCAACAUUGUGUGUUCUUUCAUUGUGAUCGCAUUAUUCCCGCUGCUCCAGUUUCUCUUCAGGAACAAUCUUGCCUUCCGUGAGGCAGCCCCCCAGAUGGCAUUCAGCAUCGUGACGCUAAUUAUUGGGUUCUUGGGCGUGAGGACCCAUUUCAGGUUCAAGUCGUUGUUGAAGGUGGCGCUGUUAACGAUCAAUGAGAACACACAGGGUGUGGCCGAGAAGCUUGAGUACUUCAAGGACAUGAACCUGAUUCUCACAUUUGCCAUGAUGGCCAACGGCGUAUCCUUGGGCAUCGCCUCUGCAGAUGGUUUGACUUCUAGCCCCAUUAUCGCCCACAAUAAGUUCGCAUCUGAUUUCCUGAUCGCGAACCUCAACUUCUUCGAGUUCAUUAUCUGGGUGACCUUGGUGUUGAUCUUUUACCCCCGUCGAUCGGUCGCUGGCUCCACGUUUGGAGUGUCCACUAGCGGCGGAAGUCGCUCGCGCACGGUGCCCGUCAACACGCAAGCACAGAACCAGGACGACCACAAGCUAGGAAAAAACUAUACACAUAAUAGCAGCGGUACAAAGUCCGGAGGUCGGUCGAAUAAUAACGCAUCGAAGAACAGGCCCCCGAGCAUUGUGGUCCCCUACCGUGCGCCCGAGAAUUCGAACGCCAGGGCAGAGUACAUUGAUCUCCAGAUCUCACCCCGUCAUAACCAUAACCAUAACAGCUUUGGAUACAACGAUCAUGACACCUAUCCUCUCACGCAGGGCGUGACACAGGACCGGACGGAUGCUGUGCAGAUGAACACGUUCAAACCCAUGUAUGAUGAUCCGUUGCAGGCUGAUAGAUCCUCGCCGUCGUCACAUUCCUUGCCUAGACAGCAGCUCCACCGUCAAUCGCAACAACAACAACAACAACAACAACAGCAACAGCAGGAAUAUAAUACUGUGGGGGCUAUAAGAUCCCCUCCUCAUUCGCCUCUUGCUUCACCGUCGCGUCAUGGUGCCGUAUCACCAUUGUCAUUCUCGUUUGACCAGCGAGUCACCAGUCCAACGGCUCCGAUCUUUGGCGUUGGCGUGCCUCGACAGUCACAGCCAACAGCCGCAACGACGAGGGUCGGACAGCAUACGUUUGCGUUGGAGGAUGCACCAGGGGUCGCGCACCAGCGCGCCAAGGCGGCGAUGCAGCAACAGCAACAGCAAGCGGUUAUGGUGGAUGAGUAUGGGAACGGAAGGCCAGGCACCCCCACGACACCUACGCGUGCUAGAAAAGAGUUUCGGAGUCCACCUACGUACUGAAAGCGACU